CGUUUCUAAACAGACCACAUUUUUUUUUCAUUUCCUUUCUAAAAGGCUACACAUGUUUAUCGUAUCUAUCAAAUACUUUUUAGCCUAAACAUGCUACGGCUUGGUUUUCAACUACUUGGUGGAGUAAGAAAUCUACAGCCUUCUUUCUCUGUUAAAAUUGAGCAAAUAAGGACAACUUACAUUCUAAAAAGACGAUAUCCACCAGGCCUUGACAAAAAAAACAGACCACCAAAGCCUCUAAAAACAAAACACUUUGUGUAUGAUGAAGUAGACAACACAAAUCUAAAAGCAGAACCAGAUCUCAAGCUAAUUCUCACCUCAUUUGUUGAAGGUAUUGGGUUAAAGAAUGACAUAGUAACAGUACGGCCAAAUUUUGGACGUAGCAAACUCCUAUCACCUGGUCUUGCCAUUUAUGCUUCUCCAGAAAAUUUAGAAAAAUUGAAAACUGAGCUGGAAAAAUCUAGUGAAAAUGUCCAGACAAUGAUGCAUAGCUCUCGUUACGCCGAGUUGACCCGACGGGAUUUGGCUAGUAGGAUUCUGGUUGUGCUCGUUAAUAAAGAAAACCCUUGGACUAUAGAAAAAUGGCAUAUUAGAGCAGCCUUUCGAAGAUCUGGAAUCUGUGUACCUGACCACGCUAUUAAGAUGGGUGACAGGAUCAUUACGGGACCUAACUUUGAGCUAGAAAAAAAACAGUUUCUUGUCACUGUGACGAUUAAUAAUUUGGAGACUACUCCGGUCCGAUGUAUGAUCCGUCAUUGGUCUUCUCUUCCAGAGCUCAGAUUACCUAAAGUAGAAGGUUACAUGGAACCGCCGUAUGAGCCUGUUUUUGAAGACGAAAGAGAGAUAAUUGCAAAUCUACCAUUACCGCCUUUCUGUUUUAAAAAAUCUGUCGCCAUGUGAUGACUGCGACGUUUUGUCAUGUAGAUCAAACCAAAAUAAAGAACGACGUAUCAUCUAA